CGUCACUUCCGGCGUUUUUGAAAUUUCCGAGUUAACCGGUGCCCUAACGUGGUAGUAUUAUUUAUUUAAAAUAAAUUAAAGUUUAUUAUUAUUAUUAUCAUCAGCCGUUACCGUGUGAGAGUUGUGAUGGAUAUUCAAGGUAUGGAGCCGAUGUCUCUCGGUUCUCCGUCGUCCCCAAAGCCUGUCGGUGGAGCUCAGUUCCUCCCCGGGUUCCUGAUGGGUGAUUUACCUGCUCCUGCUACACCACAGCCCAGAUCCCUUAGUCUGAGUGUGGGUGGAGCUGAGACCAGAGCCCUGUCCCUCACAGGUGUAUCAGGUGGUUCUCCUCCUCAGCCAGUGGUUCCUACACCUAAAGAUAAAAGUGGUGCUCCUCCUGUGAGAAGUAUCCAUGACGACCUGUCCAGUCCCAUGGUUGGCUUCUCCCCACUCGCAUCACGUAAACAGGUGUUCUCAGUCAUGCACACUCCUCUGUCUGGUGUGGCUGCAACUCCAGGAUCUGCGGGCAGUGUGUUUAGCCCCGCCUCUUUAGGACAGGUGAAGAGCGCCCUAUCACCUGCGCAGGUAGACCCAUUCUUCACUCAAGGAGACGCUUUGUCCUCUGAGGACCAGCUUGAUGAGACAUGGGUCACUGUUUUUGGGUUUCCCCCAGCCUCUGCAUCCUACAUCCUGCUGCAGUUUGCUCAGUAUGGGAACAUCCUCAAACACGUGAUGUCUAACUCAGGAAACUGGAUGCACAUCCAAUAUCAGUCCAAACUGCAGGCCAGGAAAGCGCUCAGUAAAGACGGGAAGAUAUUCGGAGAAGCCAUCAUGAUCGGAGUCAAGCCCUGUAUCGAUAAGAGUGUGAUGGAGUGCUCAGACAGGAGCAGUGGUGCAGUGUUCACUCCUCCAGCGAAGAACAGUAACAAGCUGGCUUCCAUUUCCACUCCCCGAUCAUCCAUGAGACCCCUCAGCACACCACUCACACACACCAACGCUGACUAUCAGGUGGUGUCAGACAAAGGGACCCCACGGAAGGAUGACAGCUUUGUGUCCAAAGCGAUGGAGUAUAUGUUCGGCUGGUGAUGGAGGUGUGAGGCAGGUGAUGUCACCGGGUGAGGUGGAGGUGUGAAAGAGGUCUCACAGAGCACUUUAGUGUACGCUGGAUCUGAAUACUUGGAUGGACACAAACACACAUGCACUCAGCAGGGUGUGAUGGUAUACGACUGUCAUAGCCUUAAUCCUGUUGUUCAGAGAUGACUGUCUCUAAUCACGGUUAUAAUGGCAUCACUGAUCCUUUUAAUAAUCUGUAACGGAUGACGUUUUUAAACCAAAAGUGCAUUCAGAACUUUACCUUCACUCUGUAUUUUGUAUCUUUUUUUUGUAUAGAUGUUGUGUAAAUAAAUAUCUUUGUCUAA